AUGAAUCGGAUAGUUUUAGCCUUUCUGAUCCUGGCGGCCACCAUCGACAACAACCAGGUCAUUCUGGAGAUUGACAACGCCCGGCUGGCUGCGGACGACUUCAGGCUUAAGUAUGAGAACGAGCUGACCCUGCGCCAGAGCGUGGAGGCCGACAUCAACGGCCUGCGCCGGGUGCUGGACGAGCUGACCCUGUCCAAGACCGACCUGGAGAUGCAGAUCGAGAGCCUGAAGGAGGAGCUGGCCUACCUGAAGAAGAACCACGAGGAGGAGAUGAAGGAGUUCAGCAGCCAGGUGGUAGGUCAGGUCAACGUGGAGAUGGACGCCACCCCCGGCAUUGACCUGACCCGCGUGCUGGCCGAGAUGAGGGAACAGUACGAGGCCAUGGCGGAGAAGAACCGGCGGGACGCUGAGGAAUGGUUCCACGGCAAGAGUGCAGAGCUGAACAAGGAGGUGUCCUCUAGCACCGCCAUGAUCCAGACCAGCAAGACGGAGAUCACGGAGCUGAGGCACACGCUCCAGGCCCUGGAGAUCGAGCUGCAGUCCCAGCUCAGCAUGAAAGCCGGGCUGGAGAGCACGGUGGCGGAGACUGAGUGCCGCUACGCCAUGCAGCUGCAGCAGAUCCAGGGGCUCAUCAGCGGCCUGGAGGCUCAGCUGAGCGAGCUCCGUAGUGAGAUGGAGUGUCAGAACCAGGAGUACAAGACACUGCUGGACAUCAAGACGCGGCUGGAGCAGGAGAUCGCCACCUACCGCAGCCUGCUGGAGGGCCAGGAUGCCAGGAUGACUGACAUACCCUCCUCGGGAGGAAGCACCAGCACCGCGGUCACCACCACCACCUCCACUUUGGGUCGCCGCACUUCAGACACCCGUAGGCUUUAAAUCCACUCAGCAUCCUCUUCCUCUGUCUUCAGCAUCCAGAGGAGAGAGCUGAUGGGUCCCUGCAGGAGAGGGAGAGACCGCAGGAUGCUCCCCCGCCCCACGCUUUCCAGAGGGCGGGCGCUCCGUGCUUCUCUCCUUGUGCGCUUCCUCUUCUCCCUUACCUGGCUACUCUG